AUGUCUGCCGCUGCUGAGACGAACGCCCUUGACGUCGUACGUCAGUCGCCCUCGGAGCGGCGACAAGGAAGUCGGUCAUCGUCCUCCGCCUCUUCCUCAUCUGUAGCGUCGAAGGCGCACCACCCUGCACACGGAGUCGGGUGCGAUAAGGCGCCUCCACCACCGUCGCCGUCCUCCGCAGCGCAAUUUCUAAUGGAAACAAACGCGCACGUCACGCGAAACGCGCAGCAGCAGCACGCGAGCGACGACGAUGAUGAUGACCAGGUCAACGCCUACUGGGCGUGGCUUGCCACCACGUGCGAGCCACCCAUCCAAUCUACCGGCACCGCCGGCCCGUCGUCUAGUCUGCCCUCCCCACCGGUGCAGCGUGCGUCACAGCAGCAGCAACAACAACCACGGCGGAUCUCGUACUACGCGGGCUUUCUCCCCGGCACACUCGACCGCGAGGAGCUGUCCAACGCCGUUCGUGUGACACAGAUGGCGAGCAUCGACGCCGGAGCGGACGGCGUCUCGUCUGCCGUGCCCUUGAAUGAGAGGGAAGCGGAGACGGUGGGGUGGGGCGGGGGAACGUCGUCGUCCGCAACGGGCGGUGCCGCGAAGGAGAACUCGCUCCACAGUCGUCGACGACGCUCAACCUUAAGCGGCAACAGCGGCGGUGGUGUGUCCCGUGCGUCGAUGGCGCGCGCGCAGGACGUGACGUUCGAUGUGACGCUCGCGGAAGCGAUGGUCGCCACUUCGAGGCGAAUACAAGCGCAUGAAGCGCAUCAGCAAGAGCAGCAGCAGCAGCGACGGCGCAGCUCGGUGACGGGCGGCGGUGUGGACCGUCGAGCGUCGUGGAGCUGCGAGGAGCCGAUCUCGCCUGGCCAAGACGCAGCAGCGGUGGUAGCAACAGGAGCACUCAACUCGCCACGGUGCCGUCGAGGUAGUGAUAACCGUCAUCAAAAUAGCUAUAAUAACAACAGUAAUAGUAAUGUUCGUGGGGGUGGUGAUGUUGAGGGGGCCGCCGCUUGGCGCGUGAGCCCUCUAUCCUCUGCCUUGUUUCCGACAGAGAUGUCGAUGCGCACCGAGGGCGGCACGACCACCACGACGGCUGCCGAGCCACUCACCUCUCCUCGACAGCAGGGACGUAAACAACGCGUGAAGGAUAGGAUGACAGCAGCGGCAACAAUGCGCCUCAGUGGCGACGCCGCCCCCUCUACCACCUCUGAUUACAGUCCGUGGAAGCGGCAGAACGCCCCGAUCUUCUCUGGUAACGGCGCCGUGGACGGUGAGCACGAUCGGGCGUUGACGUGGGCCAACGGCGCGUUGCCUCCCCUUUCAGAACCGAAGUGUGCUCCCGUCCGGCACGGUCACGUGUCGCAACAUCAGCAGCAACGGUUGUCUCAACGGAAGUCAUCGUCAUCUGUCGCUGCAGCGUCAGCACCAACGGCUUAUUCCCCACCGCGGCGCUCGCUGACCGAGCGGAGCAGCCGUCAAAGCACCACCGGCAGUACGCCAAUGAAUACCGCGCUGACGGACUCGGGAAGAGACUUGAAUGGAGCGCGAUCCGGCAAUCGUCCUUACAACAACGGGAACAGCAGCAGCAGCAGCGGCAGCACGGACCCACAACUCUCUCACCAUCAGCUCACCGAGGCUUUUUAUGGCAGCUACAAGGGCGGGAAGAUGGCGCGCGAUGCGUACUUGUACUUCAUUGCGCAGCAGCAGCAGCAGCGAGGCAGUCAGAGUGCCGCGUGCGGGACGACCCCGUCGCAGCGAAGUGCGCGGCGAUCGAAAAGCGGUAAGAGCAGCUCGUCGUCGCAGGAGGCACGACGACGGAGUCCGCCCCCGUCUGCCGACUCGCCCGGAAAGCCGAGAUGCAGCGGUGGGAGGGGCGCUACCGAUGGCAAGUCACCUGUGAUCGUCACGGCAUCCUCCCCUGCUGCGGCUGAGAGGCAGUGGAGUGCGCCAUGGACGCCGUCCCCCUCGCGCGUCGCCCCGCAGGCACGCCGUAACUCGUCGCUGCCCUCGCCAAAGGAUGCGACGGCGGUGAAGGGCCGACGGUCGUCCUCCUUCACCUCCUCCGUCGCGGCCGUAGCACGGGCGGUAUCCACCGGCAGUAUGCGCUCCUCCGUUUGCAGUGCUGACACCGAUGAAGACGCUGAAAGGCUAGCGGAUACUGCGGUGGGGAAUACGGAGCAGGCGCCGGGUCACGAGGGGCAUCGUGGCAGGAAGGCAGCUGCGAAGAUGGCGAAUGCCGUCGGUGCGCAAGACAAGACGGGCGAUGCUGCGCACGCUGAUGCGGAUGGAGCGUCAGCCCUGCGUCAUCACUCGCACACCGAGAAGCAGCUGCAGCAACCCCAUCCGUCGCUCCAGUCUCUGCUGCACGCCCGCUCGCCGCUUCCAGUACACCGCCGUGCGAGUGACGACACCGCACCCGCACCAUCGCCGCCGCCACAGGAGGCGUCUUCCACUCCCCCGGUGUCUUUCAGCCAUGGCAAUCCAUAUGGGCUGAAGUGUCGUCCUCCGCCGGUGCGAGGUGGUGAGAAGCGCGUGGCGGCAGCGACGGCAGCAACAAACUCCGCCGCCGCGGCGGACAACUCGAGGAGUCGACUGGAGGCUCUGUGGCAGCGAUCGAAGCAAGUGUAUGCCCAAAGCCACCACCAUGAGCAAGGUCACCCACAGCCGCCACGACAGGAGGAGGAGGAGUUGAGCAAGCACGCCUGA